AGAAAACAAAGAAAAAAACCAUAAAAGGGACUUUUGGAUUUUGACCGUUUUUUCAAUAUGACAGCUGGACAGAAAGAAGAGAAAAGUUGGCCAGUUUUUGUCAUCGUCUUUGUGUUAUCCUGUUGAUUGGAAAGUUCUUGAAUGUUUGAGAAGCUGAAAAAUACAUAUAGACCUUAAUUUAUGUGCAAUAAAGGUAGUAAAAGCCCGUGCCGAUAGUUUUUCCAGCGAGAUGAAUGCCGGCGUCACCUUCUCGGACGAGAGUCAUCCGAAAACAUUGUAUGUUGGAAAUCUUGACACGACGGUUUCCGAAGACCUGUUGUGUACACUAUUUUCUCAGAUCGGUCCGGUCAAGGGAUGCAAAAUAAUUCGAGAACCGGGAAACGAUCCUUAUGCCUUUGUUGAGUUUACCAACCACCAGUCAGCGUCCACGGCGCUGGCGGCAAUGAACAAACGUGUGUUUUUAGAUAAGGAAAUGAAAGUGAACUGGGCCACAAGUCCAGGCAAUCAACCAAAACUAGACACAUCCAAUCAUCAUCACAUAUUUGUCGGUGACUUAUCUCCUGAAAUAGAGACUGAAACGCUUAGAGAGGCCUUUGCUCCGUUCGGAGAAAUAUCAAAUUGUCGUAUUGUAAGGGAUCCCCAAACACUCAAAUCCAAAGGGUAUGCAUUCGUGUCGUUUGUCAAAAAAGCAGAAGCCGAGAAUGCAAUACAGGCGAUGAACGGUCAGUGGUUGGGUUCAAGGUCUAUCCGUACAAAUUGGUCCACCAGAAAGCCACCACCGCCGAGAACGGAGAAACCUGCACAACGAACCAAACAACCCACAUUUGACGAGGUGUACAAUCAAAGUUCCCCCACCAACACAACAGUGUAUUGCGGAGGAUUCACCAAUGGACUCACCGAAGAUUUAAUUACAAAAACGUUUUCCACUUUCGGCCCAAUCCAAGACAUCAGAGUGUUCAAGGACAAAGGGUAUGCAUUUAUUAAGUUUGCCACCAAGGAACAUGCCACACAUGCCAUAGAGAGUAUCCACAACACGGAAAUAAACGGACAGAAUGUUAAAUGUUUCUGGGGCAAGGAGAAUGGAGGGAUGGGGGGAGAACCUGGCCCAAUGGCCUCCGGGGGCUCAGCUGUGUCACCUGCUGCCCAGCCUUACCCCUACGGGUACGGAAGUUAUUGGUAUCAGGGGUAUGCGGCCGGGCCUGGGUACAUGCAGGGCUAUCCGUAUCAGCAGUACCAGCAGUAUCCGGCUGGAGGGCAGCAGUACUGUGUGAUGCCACAACAGGGACAGUGGAGUGGUCAACCUGGACAGCAACCAAAUGUGCCCGUUAUGUACAGUAAAUAUCCCUCACAGUGAACUUUUGACGAGUGCUGCAAGUUGUCAUUUGUAGCCAAUAAAAUAUAAGAGACUUACUAUAAAAUUACAUAUUAUGUGUAGAUUGUUUAACUACCAUGGUGCACUUUGGCUCAAAUAUGGUGUGUAUACUUUUUCCAUUUAGAAUUGUACCCUGUGUAUGAGCAUGUAUUAUAAUUAAAAAAUAUAAUUUUUCACAUAGUUAAAAUGAGGGCUGUAAUAGUUGGGUUUCAAAGUGUGAAUGGUAGUUAAAACAUUUACAAAAGCGUGAUAUAAUUACAUUUAACUAAUGGUUUUCAUUGUCAGAUACUUGUAUGUUUGUAAAUUUUGCAUGGUACGGUACUGAUCGACAAUAGAAAUUUAAAAAAUAAGUGCAUAAAUUAAUGUAGAGAUAUGUAAAUUUAGGAUAUAUAGUUACAUUGUAACCAUUAAGAGAUAUCACAGCUAUAAAGUUGUACACAAUUAAGUCGAUGCAUAUUGAGUGUAAAAGAAUGAAUGAAGUCUCUUUGAAUGACAGAAUUUUAUAACAAAUGUAUAUGCUAGUUGUUAAAUAAAAACAUCAGGUCUGGGAA